UAUAAGAUGGAGUUUUUGGUUCUCCUGAUGAUGGUGACAGCCUGUGCUGCCAGACCUCAAGAUCUGACUGGUAAAAUGUUUACCUUCCCACAAGAAACCAACACAGCUCAUGUAAGACUGACUACAUCAAGACAGGUUUUGAGUGCUGUAACCGUCUGUUUCAGGUCGUUUACAGACCUCAGGAGAGUCCACUCUUUUUUCUCUUUGGCCACAACAUCUGUUUUCAAUGACUUCCUCAUUUCGAGGAACACUGCAAACAAUGAGCUUGAAGUGUGGGUAAGGGAUAAGCCUGCACUAAUUGGAGGGCAUGACUACAAGCUGAACACAUGGCACUCUAUCUGUUCAACAUGGGACUCUGCGUCUGGACUGGCGCAGCUGUGGUUAGAUGGAAAACCCUCCAGUAGGAAAUUCGUCAGCUCUGGAUCAAACAUCAACGGACCCAUUAUAAUUGUUUUAGGACAGGACCAGGAUUCCUAUGGUGGAGGGUUUGACAGUACGCAGUCGUUUGUUGGCAUGAUGUCUGAUGUCCACAUGUGGGACUACGUCCUUUCCCCCUGUGAGAUACAGAACUACGUUAAGGAAUCACUUUCCACCUCAGGAAAUGUGCUCAACUGGAAGGCGCUGGAGUUCCAGACCAUAGGAAGAGUGCUGGUAGAAGAUAAACAGAUCUGUCACUAA